UUUUCUUUUUCUCCAGGCGGAACAGUAGAAGCGGAGACCUAUCGGCUCUCACGUUCUCAUAUCCAUCAACCUACCCGUUUCGUACGUUCUACACGCCUCCUGUGAUCACCAGAUUGAUCUUUCGCUUAUUGGCGGCGACGCUCGGAUCGGAAUCUUAUUCACCUUAGGGAACGAUGGGGCUCAGUUUCGCCAAACUAUUUAGCCGCCUGUUUGCGAAGAAGGAGAUGAGGAUCCUGAUGGUCGGGCUUGAUGCUGCUGGUAAGACGACCAUCCUCUACAAGCUCAAGCUUGGAGAGAUUGUCACCACCAUUCCAACAAUCGGAUUCAAUGUGGAGACUGUUGAGUACAAGAACAUCAGUUUCACUGUAUGGGAUGUUGGUGGUCAGGACAAGAUCAGACCUCUCUGGAGGCAUUACUUCCAGAACACACAGGGACUUAUUUUUGUUGUUGAUAGCAAUGACCGAGAUCGUGUUGUGGAGGCAAGGGAUGAACUCCACAGAAUGCUUAAUGAGGAUGAGUUGAGGGAUGCAGUCUUGCUUGUGUUUGCUAACAAACAAGACCUUCCAAAUGCAAUGAAUGCUGCUGAAAUAACAGAUAAGCUUGGUCUUCAUUCUCUCCGUCAACGUCACUGGUACAUACAAAGCACUUGUGCUACAUCUGGUGAAGGUUUGUAUGAAGGGCUUGAUUGGCUCUCCAACAACAUUGCUAGUAAGUAAUCAAAACUUCUUGGAGGUUCUAUCUUAACAACAACAAUUGUUGGCAUUGGAUGCUUUGGCAACAUCGCGGAAGCAAGAAAACCAUCAGUGCCGUUUUUUUCCGCCUUAUGAAAAACUUAAAUACUUAUCUGUAGAACAAAUAUGUGCUUGGUUGUCAACAAUUUCUAUAUAAAUCACUUUUUAUA